AUGGAGGGCAUUGAGCGUACGACGGAGAAGUCAUCAUCAAAGGCUUCUGGCAGCAAGCGCGGUACCCCUAACAAGCGAUGGAAGGCUGAAUAUGAUGCCUUCUUGAUCCCAAUUCUGGUGGAACAAGUACGAAAAGGGUUGAAAUGUGACAAAUCAUUCAAACGAGCAGCAUUUGUCUUUGCUGCUGUUGCUGUAAAUGCUAGGUUUAAUACUGAAUUCAGUGCGGAGAAUGUUGAAAAUCAUUAUCGAACUUUGAAAUCACGGUACGCAGAGAUAAAGAAAGUGAGAGAACUCAGUGGUGCCGGAUGGGAUGAUGCCACGAAGACCAUCACCCUUGAUCCCGUGGUUGCCUUAACAUAUAUCGAGGCACACCCGGCAGCAAAGGCUUUCAUAAACAAACCAAUUGAGCAUUAUGAGUCAUUGAGGGUUAUAUGUGGGGAGGACAAUGCAACGGGCGUGUACGCGACGUCUGUGUUCGCUGAUUUGGGAGAAAACUCAGAACACGAAGGCAACAAUAACAACAACUUUGAUGAAGAACCAAUAGAACAACCAAGUGAUGAUGAUGCUGAUGCGAACUCUGCCCCACCUGCUGUCAGCAGCCCUGUCAGCAUCCCUGCAACCUCAUCAACACCAAGGUCUCAACGCUCAAGUAGGGGUUCCAAAAAUCCUUCAAUGAUGGGUGAUCUGAUUGUUGUGGUGGGAGAAAUGGCAUCUGCUAUUAAGAACCCCACACACUGGACAGAAAGCUUGUAUGCCAAGGUUAUGGAGGUUGAUGGUUUUGAAAAGAAGGAACUUGUUCAGGUGUUUGAUUUUCUGCAAUUCCGUGAGAUUGAGGCAAGAGGCUUCAUGGUGAAGGACAUGGACCUGAGGAAGGAUUGGAUAGAAACUUUUCUAUCCAGGAUGGUUUGAUUUAGCACCUACUGCUUCGGCCUCACUUGACUGAACCCUGCUUCUAGUAACUAGUUAUUUUAUUGCAUGGUUGUGCAUUGCAUGCAUCAGGACUGCCUUAUGUUUUGUGAUGGGUGAACAUAGCAUUGGACACCUUGCUGUGGUUGCAUCCAUUCAUGCAUUUCAUGUUUUGUCUUUUGCUUUCAUGUUUGACUGGACAUGCUUAUCUUUAUGUUGCUCUGCAUGGUUGGGAUAUAUGUUUGUCUGUCACUAUGGUUUUCUGGCUCUUAUUUCCUUUGUUUUUGUGGAUUUCAUUUCAGGUAAUGUAGGAUGGCAAUGAUGAAAGGCAAAUUGUGACAUUGCACUGAGGCACUGUUCUCUAAUAUGACGCAAGAGUUUAAAUUGGAGCGCAGGCGGGGCAAAAUUGAGGGGCACUUCGAUGCCAAUCUUUUGCAGCCUUUGUGCAUCUAAUUUGCUUGAGUGUCAAC